AUGGAAGAGCACUUGACACCAUCGAUUGCAAUUCCCCGAUGGACGGGUAAACAACUUGAACUUAAAGCUCUCGAACCGUUUGACGACUUUGAGCUCAUUGCAAUGCCGCCGGCUGGAAACGGAGCUCCCCAGAACGACGUGAUCUUCAAGUUCUCGACCAUCGUCUGCUUGUUUCCUUUCAAGGAAGAUGGUGGAUCAAGGCUGGCUUUUAAUCGGCUGCUGCUCGUCGCGUCUUUCAUCUUCACCAGCUUGGUCUUGCUCGUUGGACUCGGAGCGAUCUACGAUUUCUUGCCUCGCUACAAAGGCAACAUCUUCCUCCAAGGCUUGAUAUUCAUUUACAUGUCCUGCUACUUGUCGAUAUAUCCAUGAAAGAAAAGAAGAGAUCGCAUUAGAAACCAGAGAACAAGGGAAGAACUAAGGAUUCGUUCUGUCCUGAAUGUAAUAGAAAACCGACAGCUGAAGUGGUUUGGUCACGACUGCCGCAUGGAACACCGUAGGGACCCUACCAAAAAGAUGGAGGUGAAACCAUUGGACAGGAGAUCCAGAGGAAAAACUGAAGAUGCACAUUGCGAUGAAGAGAGAGGUGAUGUUCACAGCUUGCGGCUUCUUUAA